AUGCAGUCAAUCGAGCAAGGAGCAGCGUUCCGACACGUGGGCGUCACGAUGCAGGUGCACAAGGACUACGUGGGCAUGUGUUUCCUGGGCUUUGUUUCAAGGAGCAAGGCUAGCAAAUUGGCUUCAGCGUUCUCACCGACCCCGAGAGCCGACAAGUUCAGCGCCACCAGCAUGUCGCCGCAGUGGGAGCAGUUCCGACACGAGGACACAAGCGCAACGACGGAAAAAGAUAAGCGACAGCCAAGCUGGGUCUCCAUUCCCCGAUCCAACCCGCCAACCCCCAGCAUGAGCGACGACGAGUCCAAGCACAAGCGCUGGUUCCCGCUCGAGUCCAACCCGGACGUCAUGAACGCGUACGUGGAGAAGAUGGGCUUCCCCACGGGCCACUUCAGCUUCUGCGACGUGCUGAGCACGGAGGAGUGGGCGCUGGGCAUGGUGCCGUCCCCCGUCGUGGCUGUCAUCAUGCUCUUCCCCAUCAAGCCGCACACGGAGGAGGCGGACAAGCAGGAGGCGGCGCGGAUCGAGAAGGACGGGCAGACGGUGUCCCCCAACGUCUACUACAUGCGCCAGACUGUCGGAAAUGCGUGCGGUACCGUGGGCAUCCUGCACGCUAUCGGAAACAUGCGCCACCAUGUGCAGCUGACUCCGGGGAGCUACUUGGACAAGUUCUUCAACAAGACCAAGACCAAGACGCCGGAGGAGAUUGCGCAGUACCUUGAGGAGGACGACGAGCUGGAAGAAACGCACAGCAGCGCUGCGGAGGCUGGCCAGUCAGAGCAACUGGAGAGCGUUGACGACCCGAUCAACACGCACUUUGUGUGCUUCAGCUGUGUGGAUGGCAACCUGUAUGAGCUCGAUGGCCGGAAGAAGCGUCCCAUCAACCACGGACCCUCCAGCCCAGACACCGUUCUGCAGGACGCGUGCCAGGUCAUUAAGAAGUUUAUGGCUCGCGACGAAGGCGAGAUGCGCUUUACCAUCCUAGCGCUGGCGAAGACGGCCUAUCUGGUCAGUGUGGUGUCUGCUGCGGCCUCCAUCGAUUUUUACGUGUCUCCAACAGGUAGCGACAUCGGUAGCGCCGAUGGAAGCUUCUCCAAGCCUUUCAAGACGCUUGCACGAGCUCAACAAGAAGUCCGAGUCAAGAACAAACUGUCUGCGAACAGCAACACUCCCAUCAACGUUUACGUUCGUGCCGGCCGGUACGAGUUGUCCAAGACAUUCGACUUCACCAGUGAUGACUCGGGUGCUUCCAGCAACGCCACCGUCACGUAUCAAGCGUACUGCGACGCCGACGUGGAGAAGGCCGCAAUUUCAGUCCGAACAUUUCCGUAUCACUCUGGAUUGGGAGUUCCUCCACGUCUCCAUUGGAAUGGAGUUGGCGAUAUCGACGCAUGGGAAGGCCCAGUAGAUCCAUUCGCGCAGAUGGGGGUCAACCGCUCGAAUAACUCGUUGUUGGUGAUACCAGCGCCGGCUCAAGAUGUUGGCACCGAUAUCGGCACUGUGUGUGUUGACAAGAACUACGGCGUUGGGCACACUUGCUACGCUGAAGGAAGCCCAAUGGCGACGUGUGUUUCAGGGUGUAUGGUUGCCUGCCAAAGCCACAUUGCCAGAAAACGCUACAGCGAACCUUUCUACGAUAAGUUUACGCAUUUAUUCGGCAAGGACCUGCGCAAGGAGGAGGACUGCGUUGAGAUUUGUUCACUGUCGUGUCGUGGCUGUGAGAAGGUGGUCAUUUCUGGGUCGAAGCUGAUACAAGCUGGAACCCUCACGUGGACUUUGGACCGAUCUGUCACAGUCACUACGGCUAGCGGAGGCUCGCAGUCUCUAAAAAUCUUCCGGACGGAUUUGUCGUCGGUUCUACCGGGUCUUGCCGCUGGCGUCGUACCAGCCAAGCCCGAAGACUUCCCCACCUUUACUACUCUGUACGUUGACAAUGUCCAGUUGCCUCGUGCUGGGUUCCCCAAUUGUUUGGUCGACUCAUCAUUGCCUGCGCAGACCUUUGCCUGCUUGUAUGAACCAGUUGAUGUCGCCGACUCGCAAGUUCUCUACAACGCGACCACUUUCUCGAGUCGGAUUUCAACGUGGACAAAUGUGAAAGACGCCAUGGUUGAUCUCCGACCCCAGAGUACACAGCCGACCAGUCUGCGCUACUCGUUAGCUUCUGUGAACACUGUGGCUCGUACCAUGCAACUAGGUGCAGGAGGAUCGGAGCUUUCCUACGACCUCUUCACGGACGGCCCUGGUGCUGCUUCGUCGACCAGUCUUGAUCCUGCCAUCCGACUGGAAAAUGUACUGCAAGAGCUGGACUCUCCGGGCGAGUGGUUCUUCGACGUCUCCACGCGGUUCCUGUAUUUAAUCCCGUUGAAGUCGACAGCCACCGCAGCAUCUCUGGCUAGCAGCGUCCUAGAGAUCCCGAUACUUCACCAACUGCUGCGGGUGAGUGGCUCCCGCGAGAAUCAAUACGUCACCCCCACACACGCCCACACGACGCUCAAAGAAACCACCUCACUGACCAAAGCAUCCAACCUACGCUUUCGGUAUUUGACGCUGUCCGGAACGCAGUUUCACCACCUCAACAUCUAUGAGCGUGUUCCUGGAUCUGGGUGGCCCGUGACGCGAGUUGCAGCAGUCUACUUGGAGUCGGUCACGAACACGACGAUCGCGUACUGCAGCUUCGAAAAAAUCGGAGGCAACGCGAUCAUGGUGUCGGGCGAGAACAGCAACAUCCAGCUCGUGAACAACAACGUCUCGUUUGUGGGCAGCAACGGAAUCUCCGUGCUAGCACGACGCGGCUAUCAACUCAACUCGUUUCGAGAAGCUGUGCUUGCCCACCUGUUGGUUCCCCGCUCUGUGAACAUUUCCUUCAACCAGGUGCACCACUUCGGACAGCAAGUUGCUCACUCGGCGGCGAUCAUGGUGGUGGGAGCCAAGCAAACUACCAUUCACGGGAAUCUGGUCUUCGGCACCCCGAACAGUACCAGCAUCGGCGCCAACAACACUGCAGCUGCACUGUUCUCGGCAGCGCCGUACCAUGUGAUCAACGCCAAUGGGGCAAACUUGGAGGACGGACUUCCGUUGAUCCGCCCCAUCACCAAUCUCGGAGACAACGCGAUGCCCGUGACGCCUGCCCCGCUGUUAUCUUCGCAGUACCAAGUCACCGUCCCGCUGCUCGGGUUUGACGUGAACACCGUGGCGAAGCUUGUCGGCGCGCCCGAGUGCUUCUCCGGCAGCGGUCGAGUCGGGUCCCUGUAUGGUGAGCUCGCACCGUUCACGUACACCAGUUGCUCCGGAUGCUGUUCAGUGCACAACAACUACGCGCGUCUUCGAGUGUCCGGGUCGGGUGUCGCUUGGAGUGCCGCCAUCUCUAGAGAAGUCGUUGUGCGUCCCGGUCAGUCGAUCGAUCUCACUGCCACUUCCUCGGCGUACUUCAACUCCAUCAUCGACGUCUACGUUGGUUUCCACGUGGUGACUCCGAACCAGAUCCUCGACCUGCCGACACAAGCAAAGUGGCAAAUCCUCACAAGAAGCUGCCAGUAUGCAGAGCAAACGUACCAGGAGACUUGCGGCGGGCCCUGUCAGCAAGAUGACGGAUGCGGCAGCUCGAACGCUGCGCUGCUACAAGCGCUUGGCACUUCCCUCGCUUGUGCUAGUGGGUACGAGUCCGACCCACCGUCGCUGGUGUGCACAGGGCCGUUUGAAGGGCAACGGGACUGCGACGGCUCUGGGGUGAUCAAGGCACAUUUGUACUACAACUGCUCCAUUGACUGCUUCGCAACGACGUGCGCCUAG